AUGAACAGAAACAAUCAUCAACUUCUAUUACAACAACAAUCACAGGCCUGUCCUCUUCUCCGAUAUGCAUCAAAUUGCUGUCAUCAAAGCAAGAAGCAUUCCGAUCCAUCCUCAACCCUCUCCUCACCUAAAGCUGUUCAAACAACAGAAACAGCAACAACCCCAGAAACUACCAUCCACCGUGCAUCCCAAAGUGAUUUUGUAAAUACUCAAGCCUCUUCACGUACUGGCAAUUUUGUGGAUGUUUCAUUAUCAUCAUCGGAUCUUUCAUCCUCAACACCAAAUACAGCAACAACAACAACACUCUCUCCUUGGACCAGUAAAUUUUGGACCUGCAAACAUUCCUGGAAACGGGCCUCAUUCAAUACACUCAAUUGUUUAAUUGGCUGCUCCAUUGGAGACUUUGGAAUGCUAUGGUUUUUAACGAGCCAAUAUCCAACCUUGUCCAUGGCAUUCAUUAUGCCCAUUUGCAUGGCUUCAGGUAUUGCCACGAGUUUAGCUCUUGAAACCACCCUACUAAAAUGGAAAGAAAACUUUUCAUCGGUGUUUGAGGCAUUCAAAGUGGCUUGUAAGAUGAGCUUUUUCAGUAUGGCCAUCAUGGAACUCUCUGAAAACGUGGUAGAUUAUGCCAUGAUGACGUAUUGGGGUUUGAUUAACAAUGAUGGAACUGGAUGCACAUCCAUGUUGCAAAUUCAUGAACCAGCGUUUUGGAUUUCGCUUGUUGCCUCACUUUCAAUGGGCUAUCUUGUUCCUUUGCCUUAUAAUUAUUAUCAAUUGAAGAAGCAUGGCAAGAGUUGUCAUUAA